AUGGAGGAAGACUACGAGCCAACUGAGUUGAAUGAGGAGACCAAUUUGGUAACCAAGAUAAUCUACAGCAAGAGGACACCCUAUUCGAGUGAUACAACUGGUAGAAAUGUAUUGGAUAACUUACAGAAUCCAUUUGUAGGAGAAUACUUGCACAAGCAGAUUAAGAGAAGGAAGGAAGUCAUAGAGGCAUUGGAAGAGAAGUUGGCAAAGAUACUGAGGUUGUAG